AAGCCCCGCCCCUUCAGUUAGAGAGCAGGGGGACAGAACCGCUUCCUCGUUUUGCUCUUAAAGCCUAGAGAGGUACCGAGAACGACGGAUGAGACGCACGCGCAGUGCGAGCCAACACUGGAGCUGCUGCUUCUGCGGCGCCCGUGUUGGUGGAGGGGGCAACAGCGCUUGCUGCAGCACCCACAGCUCCGCGCGGAGGGGUCGCGGCGAGGCAGGGGAGUACUGCGUCUGCGGCGGUUGGCGAGGCCGAGCGGGCGGCUCGCCCCAGCAGCUGGCGGAGAGAUACGCAGAUUUGGCCGCCAGCCACGCCGAAGCACUGCGAUUGGGCGAGGAACGGGAGCGGCAGAGUGGGCGCCUUCGGGAAGAGAACGCGCGGCUGAAGCUGGAGAACCGGCGCCUGCGCAGAGAGAACCGGAGCCUCUUCCGCCAGGUGUUGAAGCUGCAGCAGGAGCCGCUGCCGCCGCCUUUGACCCGGCCCCUUCCAGAGCGGGAGGCGGAGCCUGAAGGCGAGUGUCUCUCGCGCGAGCAGGAGAUGCUCAGGGACAGCUUGGCUGAGAAGGGCCGCGAGCUGGGGACCAAGGCGGAGGAGGGGCGUCAGGUGUAGCCGGAGAGCUGCCAUUUUCCGACUUAAGGUUUUGUCCUGUGGCACCUGGGCCGGCGGCACAAGGCAGAAAUCUGAAAAAAAAGCACCUGUCUAUGAAAUCUUUCUUUGCAGCUGGCAGGAGGCGAUGGGCGCUAGGUUGCAUCCCCUUCGGGCAUUGCAGCAAGUUACGCGAGCGGAGAUUUUACUUCCCCUUAUCUCCAAGAUGCACGAAUUUUCCAGGUUUCUGCGUUUCCCUCUUAUCUGCUGGCUGGAGACCUCGGGCUUCCCCCUCUCGCCAUGUGCGGCAUCUCAUGAGGCAAAAGAGAAAAGAAGAAAAAGAAGGGUGUUAUCAGUAGCGUCUCUCCUGUUAAGAGCCAAAUAAAAGCAUUUGAUCGUCUAAGGAGGAAAACAAAAACCUUUAUAUGCCAGAUAAAUUAAAAAGCUAAACAUUGUGUGAAUCUUUUGCACAAAAGAAAACAACAAAUCUUUUAUGCAAGUCCUGGUGACGCUAGGUAGAUUGAUAGGCCCGUACAUGUUGCCUCCGUUUAAUGAACCUGAUUAAUGUACCUGCAAAAUAAAUUUGCAAUACACUGGA